AUGGAGCUCCAAGAUGCCUUGCAGAAGCUGAGCCAACUGCAGGCGGAGAAUGCGAAGUUGAAGCGGGAACUGGAGGAUGAACAGGACCGCGUUUCCUCCUUGCAGAAGCAGCUGGCUGGAAGGAUGCAGGGCUCCGAGAGGACAGUGAUGUCGCAGCGCAUCUCCGGCAUCGCUGCUUUGCAGGCGGAGAGGAAAGACAAGCUGCGGGUGGUGAUGUGGGUCUCUGGCAGCUUGCGAAAGGAAGCGGCAGUGGCCCAUGCUCGCCUCUGCAUGGGCGCGUGGUCGAGGUUUGCCCUGCUCUCGCAGAAGGCGAAGCCGAAGCCCAUCAAGAAGGUCGUGGAGCUUGAUGAGGACACGAGGGAGAAGCACAGCAGCCAGGCCUGGCCUCCGCCCGAUAGUGGGAGCAUGGCCCUGAUGCACGAAGCGCAUUUGGAGCGCUGCCGUUGCCUCGCCUCUUGGGCGGCUUUGCGGCAGAGCGCCUCGCUGAGCGCCGCCUGGGCGCUGCGCUGCAUGGGCGCCUGGCGCCAGGCCGCCUAUGCGCGGGCGCGGGGGCGCAUGGCCGACUGGACGGGCCGGCAGCUGUGGCAAGCGCAGCGGCUGCAGCUGGGGGUGCGCUGCUGCGCGGCGUGGCGCGGACUCACGCACGCGCGAGCACGGGAGCGCCUGGCAGAAUGGGCCGCAGCGCAGCUGGAGCGACAAGCGGCUCACGGCCUUUUGGUCUUCUGCUUCUUUAGCUACCGCCGCUUCGUGAAGGGCGCCCGCCGGCCUGGCACGGCGGUGCACGAGGAGGGCGCGGCUUCUGAGGAGGAUGCGCACCGCCAGGAGCUUUCCCUCCUGACGCCGGCCGCCCUCUGCAAGGCGGCCUUCCACCAGAACGCCAGUCGCCGCCUCCGCGCGACGUGCGUUUGGUCGGCUUGGACCCGCGCCACCUGGGAGCUGCGACAAGAGCGUGUGGCAGUUGCCCUGCACAGCCGUUUCGAGGAGGAGCAUGACCUCAUGGACCAGCGGAUCCUAUUUUGCAGGGACCUGGUGGUGAAGGAGAAGCUUCGUGCUCAGCGGCUGCUGCUGCUGCGCUGGAUUUUCGACGUGCUCGUGAAAUGGACCGCUGGAGCUCGGAACAAAGCACGUGGCGAACGACGAGAUUUAGAAUGUCAAUCAGCGUUGGACGAAAUGAAACACAAUAUGGACGAGACCGCCGCCCGUGCGGUCUCUACAAUCGCCAGGAUGCGCCACGAUCCCAAGCCCUGGACCAUGAGCCUGAUUGUGCACUUCUGGGCCCUGCUGCUUCAGAUCUCCAAGGAACAGAUGAACACGGAGGCCGUGCAACGACGCUUGGAAGAAGCCAUGGCAGAGGUUGCAGUUCUCAGACGUUAUGCGGCGGCAGAUCCUGAGGCUCCGGAGGCUCCGCGCAAGACACGCGCAUUGGAAGACUUUGAGACUGCGGGGCGCGCUGCUCUGGGCAUCUACGGGGAGGGUCUGCCCCGUCCUGCUAAAGCGGACCUGGCGCGGAAUGCAUGGGCUUCUUCCUCCUCCUCUGCGUACGUGUCUCCGGAGAACGCCAAAGUGCACCUGCCCAAGGGCAACGACUUUGCCAGCACGAUGGCCUAUUUGCGGCAGGCGAGGUCCAACCCAGGGUCCGCAGAAUCCGCGCGCCCGCCACCAAGCAUCGUGUCAUCUGACUAUCAGACAGCACAGUCGAUCGGCACGAACUCCGCGCUGUGGGCACAGUUGGACGAGCAUCUGGGGCGUGGGAUUUUCGAAAAGGGCCAAGCGCGGCGAAGCUAUGCGAGCGCCCGAAGCGAAGCGGGCAAAGCCUCGGGAGGUAUGGCGCCGAUGUCCGUGAAGGUGCCCAGCCGGCCGCAGAGCGCCACCAGCCGGCCGCAAAGUGCGCGGUCUAGGACAACUCGUCCCCAAAGCGCGCAGAGCCGGCGAAGCGAUGGGGAAGCCCUUGGAGGUACCAGCAUGCUCAGCUACAAGGGCCUCAUGAGCCGGCAGCAGCACCACAACAGGCCUGCAAGCGCCGGGCGCCGCAUUCUGCCCGCCGAGCUUGGCUUGGCAGGGCGCCGCGUGUUGACGCUGCCGAGCCACGUGGACCAAUGCGACCAGGGCGAGAGCUGCUGCUGGCGCUGGCUGGCGCAUGCAGUGCUCAAGGAGGCAGCGUGGCUCAAAGAGGACCUCGACUCCCUGCGAAAGGAGCAUGCCGAGCAGCAAGAACACCACACCAAGGUGGAGAAUUGCACGGAGGACUUAGCAGAGUUGCGGGGCGCCCACAAGAUCCUUCAGCAGGAGCUUCGCACCUCCCGCGAGCAGUGCGACCUGGUCAGGCAGGAGCUCCUUAUAGUCAAGACCUCCCAAGCCCAGAAGCUCAGCAAGGAGGAGGACUUAGUGCGGGAGGUUGCACGGCUGGAGGGCGAGAAAUCGCAGGCCGUGGCCAGGAUGGAAGACGCCAGGCAGAAGCACAUGCAGAUGGAGCGCGAGACCUUCCGGAUGCACUCAGAAAUCGAGGACCUGAAGCGGCAGAUCCUCUUCCGAGAGGACGACCGGGUGCGCGCGGAAGGCCUGCUGAAGGCUGUGAAGAAGGAGAGGGACGAGCUCAAAGAGGCGGCGGAGGCGACGAAAAAGCGGAAGGCCAAAGCUAAGCCCAUGGGCAGGCGCGAGCUGUUUUGA